UUUACAGGAGGGGCUUUAUUUCCAUAAGCAGUGGCUCUUCAGCCUGCUGUUGAAUUCCCUGGGCCUGUUUCUAGCUGAGUGACUUAGCUUUCUGCCAGGGUGUGACUGGCUCCUGUGGAUACCCUGGGAGGAGUGGAGACCUGGCUUGGUGAAGCGUGUCCUCACUCGCUCCACUGUCUUGCCUUUCGUCAUUCUUUUUCCCCUUCUGUGACAAGGCUUGUCUAUCCCACUGCAAAGGGAGCAGUGGGUUUAUCUUUGGCCUUGAUUUUUAUCCCUGGAGUUGGAUGGAACAAUUGUGAACUUUAUUUUCCUUUAUGCGGACCAAACAGCGACUUACCUUACUAAUAACUGAAGUAAUACAGAUUAUUUACAACAUUCUUUUCACGAGGUAAACAGAGUCAACUCAUCAGCCUCUGAGAGUUGAACCUUAUUGGGGCUUAGUUCUAUACUUCUUCAAGCAAGAAGAAUGACCAAAAAUUGCUCUGUCUUUCUCUUAAAUAUUCUUAGUUCCUUAAAUGCCUUUUAAUUAAUUUAAGUACACUGUGCCUCAAGCAAGCUUAAUAUAAGAAAAUCUGGAUUUACAGGAGAAGACAUAUUAGGGAAUGUUUUAUUUUAUGGAAAGAUACUCGAUUGGAUCCACUAAAGUUCUGAAAAUAUAACUUCUUUGAUUAAAAUGUGACACUGUCACCUUAUCACCAAUUUAUUGUUUGCUUUAUGUCUUAUGUAAAUUUCUCUGGAAUUAAGCUGAUUAACAAGUAACACAGAAGAGUGAUUUCAAAAUUUCUCAGAUUGUGAAGACCCACCAUUGUUUGAUAUCAAAAGAUCAAUUUUUUAAAAAAAUAAAGAGAAAUGAACUUUAAUUUGGGUUUGAGAGUUAUGGACUACUUCCACGAUAACUAGGAAUAUUCAAGAAUUGUUGGCACGCAACUCUUCCCAACAGGCGAUGGAGCAGCGGCAGCCUAUCCUUCCUGGGACAAUGGCAGCUGACCCUGUUGUGAGUGCUCUGUGGAUGAGAGCAGCCACAGCUCCGGAGCAAGCCCCAGCCCCAGCCCGGCCAUACCAGGGCGUCCGUGUGAAGGAGCCAGUGAAGGAACUGCUGAGGAGGAAGCGAGGCCACGCCAGCAGCGGGGCAGCACCUGCACCUACGGCGGUGGUGCUGCCCCAUCAGCCCCUGGCGACCUACACCACAGUGGGUUCUUCCUGCCUGGACAUGGAAGGCUCUGUGUCUGCAGUGACAGAGGAGGGUGCCCUGUGUGCCGGCUGGCUCUCCCAGCCCACCCCGGCCACCCUCCAGCCCCUGGCCCCAUGGACACCUUACACCGAGUAUGUGCCCCAUGAAGCUGUCAGCUGCCCCUACUCAGCUGACAUGUAUGUGCAGCCCGUGUGCCCCAGCUACACGGUGGUGGGGCCCUCCUCAGUGUUGACCUAUGCCUCUCCGCCACUCAUCACCAAUGUCACGACAAGAAGCUCCGCCACGCCCGCAGUGGGGCCCCCGCUGGAGGGCCCAGAGCACCAGGCACCCCUCACCUAUUUCCCGUGGCCUCAGCCCCUUUCCACACUACCCACCUCCACCCUGCAGUACCAGCCUCCGGCCCCAGCCCUACCUGGGCCCCAGUUUGUCCAGCUCCCCAUCUCUAUCCCAGAGCCAGUCCUUCAGGACAUGGAAGACCCCAGGAGAGCCGCCAGCUCAUUGACCAUCGACAAGCUGCUUUUGGAGGAAGAGGAUAGCGAUGCCUACGCGCUCAACCACACUCUCUCUGUGGAAGGCUUUUAGGGGUGGCUCCCACCUGAGUCCUGUUCCCUGAAACUGGGAUUUUAAAAUGAGCCUGGAAUUGAGCCCCAAGUUCAUGCUUGUUUGGAGUAGUCAUUUCAUAACUACACUUUCUACGCACAGCUAGAAUUGUAGACCUGUAAACCUUCCUUCCCUUCUUCCUUCCCCUCCCUCCCUCACUUCCUCCCUCUCCCCCUCCUUCCGUUCUUCUCCUCCCUCCCUUCUUCCUUUCCAACCCCUUCCUUCCUUUUCCUCCCUGCCUUCCUUCCCUCCUUCCCUUCUCCCUUUCCUUCUUUCCCUCCCUCCCUCCCUCGCUUCUUCUCUCUUUCUUACUUCUUUUUUCAAUUCUGUUCCAUUUUGGGAGGUAAUUAUAGGGAUUUUAGCAAUAACAUUUUAUGUCAAAUGUUGCCAAGUCUGCGGUCCAUGGGCUUUCAUUUCUGUCACAUUUCAUUUCUUGGAAAAGGCCUCCUUCCUCCAGUGCCUGCUGAACCGUCUUAGGGUCACUCACAACCUCUGUCAUUUUAAGAUGUAUGUGGUGGCCGGCGGGAAGACCAGCCCUGACAGCACCUCCUGAGAAAGGCAGCCAAGGGCCUAGCCUGAUGCCAGAGUCCUUGAGCUGUCAGUUCCCACAGUUGCUCCUUUGUUUGCUCUUCUCAGCACCGACCAGAUUUACAGUCCGGGAAGCAAAAUCUCAAGGCCUGGGGCUCAGAGUAAUAAGGGGUGGGGAGUGGGUGGCAGGGAGAAAAGAACAUCAGGGUGGGUGGGGACAGGCCAGUGACGAAGAGAGGGACAGAGGAGGGAUGGGAACAGGCUGUGCAUCUUAGUUGAAGAGAGGGGUGUGGGAGGAAGCUUGAGUUUGAUGCGGGGAGGAGGAAGGCUGAGGAAUGACUUGGCUCCAGAUUACUUGGUUAUUAAGAAGAACAAUAAACUGAAGGAAAGCAUUGCUUGAAGAGGUGGUUUUGCUGCUCUCAAUUGAGGAUACGUGCAAGGGAAGUUGGGCUGUUGUAAACAGGGUGAAGGGUAUUUUUGGCCGGCCAUUUCUGUCUCACCUCUAGGCCCUCUGCUGGUGCUGUGGAGGCCAAGACCCCAUUAAGCCUAAAGGUGAUGGGUCCUCGCCUAGGCUUAGUGCUACCAUGUGGGUUUCGUUUCUUUCUUUCCUUCCUUCUUUCCUUCCUUCCUUCCUUCCUUCCUUCCUCUCUCUCUUUUUUCUUUCUUUCUUUUUUUUUGGGAUGGUGUCUCACUCCAUUGCCCAGGCUGGAGUACAAUGGUGCGAUCUUGGCUCACUGCACCUGUGUCUCCCAAGUUCAAGUGAUUCUCCUGCUUCAGCCUCCCGAGUAGCUGGGAUUACAGGUGCAUGCCACCAUGCCCGGCUAAUUUUUGUAUUUUUAGUAGAGACGGGGUUUCACCACAUUGGCCAGGCUGGUCUCGAACUCCUGACUUCGUGAUCCGCCCGCCUCGGCCUCUCAAAGUGCUGGGAUUACAGGCAUGAGCCACCGCACCCAGCCUUUUACCAUGUGGAUUUCUUUAGCGUCUUAAAAGCGUCCAUAAGCCACCAUUCUGUGAAGCCAAGGCCCCCUCCACCCAAACAGCCUCCCUCCUGGGGACUUCUGGAGCCUCAGCCAGAAGUACCAUUAGGUUUAAUUUUAAUUUGCUUUGCUGGAGAUGUGUACCUUGGGAACUGGCUCAUCCACCUGCUAAUAGCACCAUCGUCACUAUUAAGCAGAUAUUUCAGUUGGUAGAAUCCAUGUAGAAGUCAUGGACUCUUCUGGGAAAUGACUUUUCUGGGAAAUGACAGUUUCUUUGACAUAUUUUCUUUGCCCACUUUAAAUAAAAACUCUAGAGAAAGUUGUCUGUUUUGGAUUUUUUUUUCUGCUUAGGAUUAAUUUUGACCCAGAUUUCUCUGUGUCUGUCUUAAAUUCCAGUACACAAAUCUUGAAUUGUUUUUAUUCAGAUUUUUUUAGAUUUAAAAGUUCAAGACAGCAUUUGAGAAGAUGCAUUUACAUCUUUGUCGGUAGUGAUGGUAAGUAGGUGGGCGGGGCUCUCAGUCCUAUUUGAUUAAAAGCCCUGGUUUUCCAUAAAAAAAGACACUAUGCAAGAUUUUUCAGCAUACUAUUUGAGAGGGUGCAGAAGCAACCUCCGUAAAGGAGUUAAUGUUGGCAAAAACUAGCAAAGAAAUAAAGUACUUUACGUAUUUGCUAAGAUAAAUGGUCUAUUUUUUCUCUUAUCUUGAGGUCAAAUGUCUUGGUAGUAGUCCAUCUGGGUUUCUUCCCGAGUUACUCUAAGAUGGAAACAUUUUCAUAAAGAUUUGUAGAGACUUUUCUGUGCCAAAGUGUUUCAUUUCUUAUCAAGUUGAUCCCCCUAAGCUUUCAGUCCCAUGUUAGACAGUGUGAUUAGAGGAAGGAACUUAACACUAGUCUUGUUGACUUUGCAAAUUGAUCUGUUGGAAAAGAAGAUAAAACCAGUCCCCACUGUGCCUGCAGUCCAGUUCUCCCAAGCAGGACACGCGCGUGGCUAGUGGGCUUGUUGUCCAGGAGAGUGGGGAGCUGAGGAGAGAGGGAAAUCUCUUAACUUGAUUGCUCUUCCUGUUAUUCAUGCCAUCAUAAGUAACUUCUCAUGACGCUGAGUGUUCAGGGAUAAGUUCUACCACGGGCAUUUCCAUAGCAGGCUCUGAAAAUCCAUCAAUCAGGAUCCAGGAGCAUGUGACAUCAGGCAGGACCCAUGACCUAAGGAAGCCAUCUCAUAGGGCCAGACAUCACCACGGAAUGGAAAUUCUGGAAGCCAAUUAGUCCCCUCCAAGAUCAGUCCAUGGAGUGAGUUACAGUUUGGAAGGGGUCUCCCUUUCCUGGUGAUUUUCUGAGUUUCUAAAGGCCUCUGAGCUCACUGCCUUCAUUGUUAAUCUUCGUUGGAGUAAUUGUUUUAAAAUUAUCCACACUAUUCUGCUAUGUGUCUUAUUUCCAGAUUUUGGAGGAGAGAGCACAUCCAGUUAUUUAGCCUUCUUUAGAUUACCAGCACCAUUGUCUUUUUGGCUUAUUCUCCCAGAAAACCAAAACCUAGAAAAAUGACAUGGAAGGAAGGGGUUUGAGGUUUUAUCUUCAGCUUUAGUGAGGCUCAAGUGAAAGGGGAGAUCUAUUAAAAAUGCAUUUGCCUUACUCUCUUUUGAGGUAGAGGCAUGAGAAACUUGAUCUGCAACUUGAAGAAGAGCGUGGCCAGUGCGAUGUAGAUUAGUGCUUUACAAGAUUCUGAUCCAUGAGGCUGUCCAAUUCCAGCAUAAAACAGGGUAGUAAGGAGACAAGUAUGUGGCUAAGAUGAAGAAGAUAGAUAUCUGGAAAAGAACAAAAUCACAUGACCAAGUGGCUCAAAUUCUCUGAACAUCAGGCUGCACUCAUCUCUAAGUGGAAAUCUGAAGACAUGUUCUAAAGCUAAACACAAAUUUCUUGAAAUCAGAAACCAUAGAUAACUUAUUUUGCAUUAACUUACUUCAUUUGAGUGUCAAAUAUGAGACUCAAUAAUUUCUUGUUGAAUUGAAUUAACCAGGGGGAUUCUCUGUCCACUACUUCUAAAUAUUGAUAUAGAUGAUUGCAAGUUGAUUAUAAUGAAGUCUCCUUUAUUGGAUGGAUAGAGACAUGAUGCUUGGCAGAUGUUUUUUCUGAAAGCUUGAGUAGAAACAUUCAGAAGCUGGUGCUGUUAAUCUGUUUGUCAGUUCUUCUACAGCUGUGGCUGCUGUGGAAGGUGUUUCGUUCAUUCAUUCAACACAGAUUUUAAAAAAAUUUAUUUUAUUGAAAGUUGACAAUUUAAAUAUGUUUGUGGGGUAUGAAUAUAAUACAAUUUACAGAUUGGGAUACAAUUUACAGAUUGAUGUUAUAAUUUAUGAAUACAAUAUGAAAUACUUAAAUGAA